AUGGUUUUUCAUUCUCUUCUUCAACUGCCAUCGGUGCUGCAUAUUUUACCACAAAUUGCAAAAAGAGAAUGUAGAGAGCCUGUAGUCCACAUAUCCAGUAGUCAUCGACGCCAGGCUUCAUUCAUUCUAGGUGUUCCAACUGUCAAACGUAAAAAAGAAAGUUAUAUCUAUCAAACUAUCAAAUCGAUUAUAAGUAGUACGUCGCCAAGUGAUCUUGAUGACACCGUAAUUGUUAUUUAUAUUGGUGAAAGGAAUAAUGAGGACAGAAAACAGCUUGCUACUGAAUUAUCAACUGCUUUCGAUUCUCAUAUACAGACUGGAUUAAUUGAUAUUAUCGCUCCACCAGCCUGCUAUUAUCCUGAUUUCGACAAAAUUCCUGCUAAUCUUGGAGAUAAACGUGCUCAAUUUAAUUGGCGUAGUAAGCAAAACUUAGAUUUUGCCUAUCUAAUGAUGUAUGCUACAAGUCGAGGCAAGUAUUACGUUCAACUGGAAGAUGAUAUUAUAGCUGCCGAUAACUUUAUCACUUCAAUGAGGAAUUAUAUCCACAUGCAAAAUCCUGAAUGGUUCCUAAUUUGGUUUUCCCAAUUAGGUUUUAUUGGGAAAUGUUUCAAAACGUCUGAUCUUCCAUUUUUUGUCAAUUUUUUAUACCUAUUUUACAGAUUUAAACCUUGCGAUUGGCUACUUGAUCAUGCUAUAUACUGUAUGACUGGUUGUUCUUUCAAUGUAAGAAAGCAAAUUUGCCAUCGUGAACGAAAUGCCUUAGUUAAACAUUAUCGACCAGCUUUAUUUCAACAUGUUGGCAAGUACUCAUCCUUGACUGGUAAGAUACAACGCUUGAAGGAGAAAAAUUUUGUCCACUCUCAAAAAAAGAAUUUAUUCAUUCCUCAUCAAAAUAAUCCAACAGCUAAUAUGACUACGUCCAUCAAGGCUAGUGAUAAACAUACACUAGAACAAGCUUACAACGGCUUAUCCUAUUUUUGGGGUAUCAAACCGAUUAAAGGUGAUUACAUGAAAUUUCACUUUAAUCCACCUGUCAAGCUUAAAACAGUUACUAUUGAUUCCGGUAACUAUCAACAUCCUUCAGAUUUACUAACAAAUGCAAAGGCAUCAAUACUCAAAGCUGGCCGAGAAGAUAAAAUCGAAAAUUAUCAGACUGUUUCAGAUUUUGUUCAUGGGUCGAUUCAAUUUCAAUUUAUCGCUCACAAAAUCACCUAUGCUAUUGCCGCGUUUCGAAUUGAUAUCUUGCAAGACGCUAAAAGUUGGACGUUAAUUAAAGAGAUUUUCUUUGAUGUCCUAUAA